CACUUUGGAAUAUCACCUAACAGCCGAAAUACAGCGUGGUCACUUACGGAGUCCUACGGAGUACAACCGUUUUGUGUGCGGUUGCCCCACCAUCACUUUGGUGCCUUAUCGAUACACUUUCCUAUCGAUAAGGUUACGAUAAGUUUUUUUCUCCCUCCCGUCUUGAGAUAGCUAGGACGCCUUUCUCCUUGUCGCCAAGAGACAGCGAUCGAUGUGCAGCCAGAGGUUUCACUGGUGAAUUUCAGUUUGCGUUUUUGGUGCUUGGCAUCGCAUCAAAAUGGCACCAACCCGGCCGAACAAGAAGUCAAAGAAGCGAAACGAAAAUCAGACCGCCAGUCCACGGGCCCUCCUCGAACUCGCUGCGGCCCAGCUAGAGCAAGGCGACUUGGAGACGGCACUUUCAGCAGCCCAAAACGCGCUCGAGGCGACCGGCGAGGGCGGCGACUUCGAACUCCGAGCUCUCGACCUUCUCGGCCACAUCUACGUCGAAGUCGGCGAAAUCGAAGAUGCCCGCGCAUGCUUCACCCGCGCCGUCCACCUCGACCCGGACGGCACCCUCGACGAGAAAAUAGGCGGCGGGCCGGAAAAGUUCCUCUGGCUGGCCCAGCUGAGCGAAGACGGCGGCCAGGACAGUGUGCGGUGGUUCGAGCGCGGGGCGUCGGCGCUGCGGAGCCAGAUCCAGGUCCUCGCCGACUUGCCGAAGCGCACCGCUGAGCAGGAGGCCCUGCUGGAGGAGAAGAAGCGCAAGCUCGCGGGCACGCUGUGCGGCGUGGCCGAGGUGUACAUGACCGACCUCUCGUGGGAGGCCGACGCGGAGCAGCGGUGCGAGGCGCUCGUGACGGAGGCGACGCUGGUGGCGCCGGGGCUGGCCGAGUCGUGGCAGACGGUCGCCAACGUGCGCAUCUCGCAGGCGAGGGUGGAGGAUGCCCGGGCGGCGCUGACGCGGAGCAUGGAGAUUUGGGCGGGGCUGCCUACGACGCACCCUGACGUUCCCGAUUUCCCUGCGCGGGUCAGCCUGACGCGGUUGCUUCUGGAGGUCGAGAUGGAGAAGGAGGCUCUGGAUGUGGUGGAGAGGUUGGUGGGCGACGACGACGAGAGCGUCGAGGCCUGGUACCUGGGCGGCUGGGGGCAGUACAUCUCCGGCGAGAAGGUGAAGCAGCAGGUCAAGGAAAAGAAGGCGGAAGCAGACGAGGAGGAGGAAGAGUGGAAGACGCCAUGGGCCUCGGCUCGGCGGUGGUUGAGGCAAUGCCUGCGUCUGUUCGAGCAGCAGGAGUACGAGGAUGACAGGUUAGGCGACCAUGCCAAGGAGCUACUAGCUUCCAUCGACAAGGAACUCGGGCCCGCCCCAGAAAACGACGACGAUGAUGAUGACGACGAUGCCUGGGAAGAUGCAAACGAUAGCGGCGAGGACGAGGAAAUGGCAGGAUAGAAUGGCGCAUGGAAAAGCAAGUCAGUCUUACAACAAAUCUCAGAGAGCUGUGCAGAGUCAUGCCCGGCUUGAACGACUUUCAGAAAGCAUGAUGAAACUGUGACCCUUCAAUUGCAGGCUCAUUAUGCCAUAUUCAACAAGGAUAUAUGAUAUAUAUGUACAGGAG